AAAAGAUCCGAGACACGACGUCACAUCAGAGUGGAUGGAAGUUUAUAAAAGAAACUAUGACGAAUCCAGCAGCGACUGCCUCGUAGCAGCGACGAUGCUGCGGCCUGUCACGUCUCCGUCACAGCAAUGACUAUGGACGUCAGAGCGGUCCUGGAGUUCGCCGCCGUCACCAGGGGCCUGUCGCUGAUUUUGCAGGCCGUCUUCAACGCUGCCAUCCCUGACCACGACGCUGACGCGUUCAGGCCCCCGAGGGCAGAGGAGCCGCUGUACUUGGACCCCGCAGUAGAGUGGUUGUUGGGGGGCCUCUCCCACUGGGAUGCCGAGCAUUUCCUCUUCAUCGCCGAGAGGGGCUACCUUUACGAGCACAACUUUGCCUUCUUCCCCCUCUUGCCCGUCGUCCUCCGGGGCCUCGCGGAGACGCUGCUGUGGCCCCUGAGCAGCUGGCUGACCGUGCGGGGGCGUCUGCUGGUGGCCGUGGCUCUCGGGAACAGUGCCCUCUUUCUGUUGAGCGUGGUCGCCCUGUACGCGCUGAGCAGGAUCGUCCUCCAGGACAGACGCCUGGCUCUACUCUCCAGCCUGCUCUAUUGCGUCACACCUGCCAAUGUUUUCAUGACCGCCGGGUACUCCGAGAGCCUUUUUGCCGCGCUAACAUUCGGUGGGCUGUUCCUCCUGGAAAAAGGGUUCACCUUCCGAGCGUGCCUGGCCCUGGGCAUAGCCACUGCAGCGCGAUCCAAUGGACUUGUUAACAUCGGCUUCCUGCUGUACCUUCCAUCGCUGCAGGCUAUUUCCCAGAUUCGCGUAUAUCGAACGACGACGAAAGGCUACAGCAAAGUCUUCCACUAUAUUUGGGCCAUCGUCUGUGUGCUGCUCACCUCCCUCCUGGGAACUGCGAUUAUUGCCCUUCCCUUCUGUGCGUUCCAGUACUAUGGGUAUAGGACGUUUUGCACACCGUCCAUCUCCCUGGAACGCAUCCCCCCUGCUCUCCUGUCUCUGGCUGAACUAAAGGGGUACCGGGUCCCAGAUGAAAACGGCCCGCCGCCCCUCUGGUGCAUGAGGCCUCUCCCCCUGCUGUAUUCUCACAUCCAGGAUGUUUAUUGGGAUGUGGGCUUCCUCCGCUACUUUGAGCUGAAACAGAUCCCGAACUUCCUCCUGGCUCUACCCAUGGCCACUCUCGGCAUAAUGGCGGCUUAUGCAUAUUUUCAAGCCAGCCCGGAAAUGUGUCUGAGACUCGGACUUUGGGAGACGGGUGCAAGUAAAGGGCUCGACAAACCCACACCGGGAUUGUUCAACUCCAGAGUGUUUGUUUAUAUUGUUCAUUCCACAGUACUUCUGGUGUUUGGAACACUGUGCAUGCAUGUGCAGGUUCUCACCAGAUUCUUGGCCUCCUCGUCUCCCGUGCCUUUCUGGAUAAGUGCUCACCUGCUCCUCCUCAAUGAGCCGCUUCUUCACCGAAGGAAGACAUCAAAUCCCAAUGUUCAGCUGCAGGCAGAUUCCAGAAACGGAUGCAAGCACAGACCUCAAAACCCCAUCAUUGCACUGCUGCCCCACUUUAAAAGCUGUUCUCCGACGACACAGAGCAUCCUGGGAUACUUCCUCUCUUACUGGGUGCUGGGCCUGGUGCUGCAUUGUAACUGCUUGCCAUGGACAUGACUUCAAAGAUUACUCUGAAACUUUUUAAAUGCAAUAUGUCCGUGUAGGACUGGGCAAAAUACAUCAUGUUAAAUCUCACACAGGUGUUUUUCAAGUGCAUCAUCAAUAGUCCAUUUUUGUUAUUCCUGUAAUUGUUAAUUGCAACCGCAUUACAUGAAUCUAUACGUGAAUGCAGCAUUUUGUCAACGUGACAAAACAAUACGAAUUCCCUAACGUCUAUUUAAGUAAUGUAAUCCAAAGAAAAGAAUAAUUACUUAUUAUGAUCUCGCUCAGUCCGACAUAGGACUUUCUGAUACAAUUGCAGUACAUUUUUGAUGCCGAUUUACUCAUGCAAUAGUCAACCGAUUUGAUUGAACUUCUCAGUUAAAUUACUUUAAGACCAAAUGAACAAAAUGUACAAUAUUUCUGAAACUUGGUUGAACACUGUUUAGUUGUAAAUAUUGGGAAGACUGGUUGUAUAAUUUAAUAUAGCACUGCAUGUUUGGAAGAAUUAUUCCAAGUUAUAGUUUAGGAAUAUUUGAAUGUGAAGGAGAGAAAAUAAAAAUAAAAGUUU